AUGAGACUCACGGCCGAGCUUGUGCACAACUCGCUCUCAUACCUCAACCCGCUCAAGGAGCGCGAACUUGACCUGCGAGGUCACAAAAUCCCUGCCCUAGAGAACUUGGGUCUCAUUACCAACGAAGAUGCCAUCGAUUUUACAGACAACGACCUUCCCGCUCUGGCAAACUUCCCAAAGAACCAUCGAUUGAAGGCUUUGUAUCUCGGCCGGAACCGCAUCACCGCCAUCGCCCCAGCCCUGCACAACUCCAUCCCCAAUCUUGACACGCUUGUCUUGACCCAAAACUCCCUUUCAGAACUCGGCGACCUUGAGCCUCUGUCCGACCUCAAGAAGUUGACACAUCUGACCUUGCUGGACAACCCCGUCGCCUCAAGAGAGAACUACCGUUACUGGGUCAUCGCAAGAUGUCCAUCUGUCAGAUUCCUCGACUUUCAGAAGGUCAAAGAUGCAGAGCGCAGUAAAGCCGCAGAGCUCUUUGGCACAGUGGCCGAACCCACCGAACUUGCCCAGAAACUUCUCUCGUCACGUUCAUCAAGAUCGCUCAACACCGCCUCAUCAAAUGCAAAUGGCACCGACAAGAUCUCGCGUGUCAAGCUGACCGACAAGGAAAGAAAGCGCAUCGAGGAGCUGAUCAGGAACGCAAAGACUCUGGCUGAGAUUACUCGUUUGGAGAAGGCUCUCAACGAGGGCAGAAUACCUGCAGGAGUUCUCGAAGACGCAAUGGAUGCAUCAUGA